AUGCCGGCCCACACCGAGUUCAAGAGCGCGAACGACGCGUAUGUGAGCACGUUUGGAGAUAAGGGCGAUCUGCCUCUGCCGCCCGCGAAGCAUCUUACCGUCGUGACGUGCAUGGACGCUCGGAUCGACCCGGCCCAACAUUUGGGCCUGAAAGAAGGCGACGCACACAUCAUCCGCAACGCCGGCGGUAGCGCACGAGACGCCCUGCGUUCCAUCGUGAUCUCCCAGCGCCUGCUCGGCACGCGCGAGAUCGCCGUCUUCCACCACACCGGCUGCGGCAUGCUCACCUUCAACUCGGGCCAGCUGCGCGACAUCGUCAAACGGUCCGCGCCCGAGUCGACAUCGGCCGAGGUCGCGAAGCAGGUGGACGGCAUCGAUUUCUUGGAGUUUGACGACCUAGAGGGCAGCGUGAAGGAGGACGUGGCGUUUUUGAAGGAGAGCCCGCUCGUGCUGCCGGAGACGACGGUGAGCGGGUGGGUGUACGAGGUCGAGACGGGCAAGGUCAGAAUGGCUUCCCGAUCGCGGUUGUCUCGGAUGGCUCGCUGA